UUUGCACGUUUUGCCGCGCCGCUUCCAGUGGUCGCUUCUUUUGUACGACGUACGGUGGGGAGCACUGUAGAAGAGUUUCAACGGCAGGCCAUGAGGCUGCUGCAUAUGGUGCGCCUAACCCAGCUUCAACAUGGUGUAGUACUGGAGGAGCUGUGUUCUCGACACACCCGCGUUCUUGAGCAUUGUCCGUCUAUAAUUCAAGCACCUUUCACCAGCACUGAAGACCUGGAGGCAUUUGACAGCACCCUGAACGAGAGCAAGACAGCGCAACUGAUAGACGAACUAUGUCGCCUUGGGGGUAAUGAUGUUGGCCACGCAACACGGAACAUCCUGUGCUACAUAUUGACAGACUCCCUGGCGGAACAGUACAGCUGGAUCGGCCAGAAAGGGAAACGAAAAUUCGCAGUGCUCAAGUUCCUCAGCAUCAUUUUCAGGGCUGUACGAGCAAACACAAAAACGUCCACAGCAAACAACGUGGAAGUGGAGACUCAUAUCAAGGCAUGGUUGCGACAUGCUAAAGACCGAGAAAAAAAGCUGGCGAGAGCAACUGUAGAAUGAGCACAGCUUACGCACAGGGAGCUUUUUUGUUUUAAACAGUUGUCUCGGUAAGUAUAGUUCUCAGCGCUACAUGCGUCUGCUACAGCUUCGCUACUAUGACCACUGAUGACUAUUUAGAUAAAA